GGUGCAAAUCCCUCUAUUCCCCUUCAACAUAUAAACGCCACAUUGCCCUUCAAAUUCUCCAACAACUCACCACCAUUUAACCAAUCCAUCAACCCCAUUUUCGAGCCUUUGCUGCCUCUGCCUUUCGUUUUCCUUUCCAAUCCACUCCUUCUGCAUUCCGCUUUACUGCCCUCAGAUUCUGGGACUGGGAAUGGCAAUGAAGAGGCCAAUGUAGAAUGAAAUCGCGAGAUCUGAACAAACGAUGGUUGCACAGGAAUUUACUGUAGAUCUUAACAAACCACUUGUGUUCCAGGUUGGGCAUCUUGGAGAAGCAUAUCAAGACUGGGUUCACCGCCCUAUUGUUAGCAAGGAAAGGCCUCGAUUCUUCAAAAGCGACUUCUGGGAGUUCUGUACACGCACAGCAUGGUGGGUGGUUCCACUUAUAUGGCUGCCAGUGGUCUGUUGGUUCAUUUCUAUGUCUAUGAACAUGGGGCACACACUUGGUCAGAUAUCAUUCAUGGUCAUCUUCGGCAUUUAUAUUUGGACAUUGAUCGAAUACAUAGUGCAUCGUUUUCUAUUCCAUAUUGAAACCAGUAGUUAUUGGGGGAAUACCAUGCAUUAUCUUAUUCAUGGUUGCCACCACAAGCACCCAAUGGAUAGUCUACGACUUGUUUUUCCUCCUACUGCCACAGCUGUUCUGAUAGUUCCAAUAUGGAACUUGGUUAAACUGUUUUUCCCAACAUCUAUGGCGCCUGCUCUGUUUGGAGGUGGUCUUUUGGGCUAUGUGAUGUAUGACGUUACCCAUUACUACUUGCAUCAUGGCCAACCCACCGGAGAAAUGCCGAAACAUUUGAAGAAAUAUCACAUGAAUCAUCACUUCCGCAUCAUGAAUAAAGGCUUCGGUGUCACUUCAUCACUUUGGGACAGAGCGUUUGGAACACUGCCUGCGUCAAAAGUAGCUGAGAAGACUAGAUAGCGAAGUAGUAGUGCUCUCAAGGGAAACUAGACCAUUUUUGUCUUCUAUUCCUUGUUUCUCACUGUAUUUGUUCCAUCAUCAUAUUCCAAGGAUGAAAGGUUUUAUAUAGGAAGAUUUGAUCUAGUCUUAAUAAUGGAAGAUUCGUCGGUGCCCCCA